UCGGGUGACCAUUCUUUUUCCCCCUUCAAUGCAUUCUCAUCUUGGAUCCCCGGCUUCCCGCACGUGACUCACCGCCUAGGAUUAGUAGGCUCUUUUGAUUGAAGGCCGCGCCUUCGCGAAGAGAGGCGAAUCCCAUUCUCGAGUUUUUGUGGCCUCACUCGGCUGUCGUACACAGUGGGAGCUUUCCCAUGGCAACUACCAAAGAAACCAAUGCCACAAAGGUUCCCGCUAUCGCCCAUCCUUUGGCAGAAGAAUCGUCGGAGAUCGCGUCCAAUAUCGCCUACCAUGCUCGCUAUAGCCCUCACUUUUCCCCUCUCAAGUUUGAUCCAGAGCAAGCUUAUUAUGCCACCGCAGAAAGCGUUCUUGAUCUCCUGAUUCAGAGGUGGAACGAGACUUACCUCCAUUUUCACAGAAUUGACCCCAAGCAGACAUAUUACUUGUCGAUGGAGUACCUACAGGGUCGUGCUCUGACUAACGCCAUCGGAAAUCUUGGAGCGUCGGGUGCAUAUGCUGACGCUUUAAAUAAAUUGGGUCACGAACUUGAAGAAAUUGUUGAGCAGGAGAAAGAUGCAGCAUUGGGAAAUGGAGGUUUGGGAAGACUUGCAUCUUGCUUUCUAGAUUCAAUGGCAACAUUAAACUUACCUGCUUGGGGUUAUGGUCUACGAUAUAGAUAUGGCUUAUUUAAGCAACGGAUCUCUAAGGAGGGCCAAGAAGAGGUAGCUGAAGAUUGGCUUGAGAAGUUCAGUCCAUGGGAGGUUGUCAGGCAUGAUGUUGUGUAUCCUAUCAGAUUUUUUGGCCAUGUCGAGAUCUCCCCCACAGGAUCUCGCAAAUGGGUUGGAGGAGAGAUAAUACAGGCAUUGGCAUAUGAUGUACCAAUACCUGGAUACAAGACAAAAAAUACCAUUAGUCUUCGCCUUUGGGAAGCAAAGGCUAGCGCUGAAGACUUCAAUUUGUUUCAGUUUAACGAGGGACAAUAUGAAUCAGCUUCUCAGCUUCACUCAAGAGCACAGCAGAUAUGUGCAGUUUUGUACCCCGGUGAUGCUACAGAAAACGGGAAAAUGCUGCGACUGAAGCAACAAUUUUUCCUCUGCAGUGCAUCAUUGCAGGACAUCAUAAUGAGAUUUAAGGAGAGGAGGUCAGGAAACAUGACGUGGAAGUGGUCUGAAUUCCCCAGCAAAGUUGCUGUUCAACUGAAUGAUACUCACCCAACACUUGCCAUACCAGAACUGAUGAGAUUGCUCAUGGAUGAUGAGGGACUUGGCUGGGAUGAGGCGUGGGAUGUGACAACAAGAACUGUCGCUUAUACCAACCACACUGUUCUUCCCGAGGCACUGGAGAAAUGGCCCCAAGCUAUAAUGUAUAAGCUUCUUCCACGACAUAUGGAAAUCAUUGAAGAGAUCGAUAAGCGGUUUAUGGCAAUGAUUCGCUCCUCUUUAAAUGGCAUGGAGAGCAAACUCCCUGCUAUGCAAAUCUUAGAUAGCUCCAAUCCUCUUAAACCUGUGGUGCGGAUGGCAAAUUUGUGUGUAGUGUCUUCUCAUACGGUGAAUGGAGUAGCCCAGUUACACAGUGACAUUCUGAAGUCAGAGUUAUUUGCAGAUUUCUUUUCCAUAUGGCCUACGAAGUUUCAGAAUAAAACUAAUGGAAUUACACCUCGUCGAUGGAUCCGGUUUUGUAGCCCCGAGUUAAGUGACAUUAUCACCAAAUGGCUUAAAACAGAUGAAUGGAUUACAAAUUUUGACCUCCUUUCUGGUCUCCGUCAAUUUGCUGGCAAUGAGGAAUUGCAUGCUGAGUGGGCUUCAGCCAAGAUGGCGAACAAACAACGCCUGGCACAGUAUGUAUUGCAUGUUACUGGUGUCACCAUUGAUCCCAAUAGCCUCUUUGACAUACAGGUUAAGCGGAUCCAUGAAUACAAAAGACAGCUUCUGAACAUUCUGGGAACAGUCUACAGAUACAAGAAACUAAAGGAAAUGACUGUUGAAGAGAGAAAUAAAAUGACAUCAAGGACAGUCAUGAUCGGUGGAAAAGCAUUUUCAACAUAUACUAAUGCUAAAAGAAUCGUCAAGCUGGUUAAUGAUGUUGGUGCAGUGGUCAACAAUGAUCCUGAAGUGAACAACUAUCUGAAGGUCGUUUUCAUUCCAAACUACAAUGUUUCUGUGGCUGAGAUUCUCAUUCCUGGCAGUGAGCUAUCUCAGCACAUCAGCACAGCAGGCAUGGAAGCAAGUGGGACUAGCAACAUGAAGUUCUCGCUAAAUGGUUGCAUCAUAAUUGGGACUUUAGAUGGUGCCAAUGUCGAAAUUAGAGAAGAGAUAGGAGAAGACAAUUUCUUUCUCUUUGGUGCCAAAGCUGAUGAAGUCCCAAGGCUGCGUAAAGAGAGAGAAAAAGGACUGUUCAAUCCAGAUCCACGUUUUGAAGAGGCCAAACAAUUUAUUCGGAGUGGUGCAUUUGGUAGCUAUGACUACAACCCUCUACUGGAUUCCCUGGAAGGAAAUUCUGGCUAUGGCCGUGGUGAUUAUUUUCUUGUUGGUCAUGACUUCCCAAGUUAUAUUGAGGCACAGUCCAGUGUGGACGAAGCAUACAAAGAUAGAAGAAGAUGGUUGAAGAUGUCGAUAUUGAGCACUGCGGGCAGUGGCAAGUUUAGCAGCGACCGAACCAUUUCCCAAUAUGCAAAAGACAUAUGGGACAUAACAGCUUGUCCUGUACCUUAAAUGUGAUGCGGAUGCGGAGCUCCAGAGGGAUUUAGUACAUGCUAAUAAAGUUCCAGACGGGUGUUGCGAAGACAUCUAGUGCUGUUAAAGUGGUUUCGAUACCUUAUACUUUGUUACCAGUAACAAUCAUAUAACGCAGCACGCAUUUUAUUAAUCA